UGGUUUUUAUUCCUUGUUCUCGUUUGUGGAGUGGAGAACACAACGCCACCAUCUCAUUCUCUCUUCCUUUACACACACUCUCUUUAUUUAUUUCUCCUUGCAAAAACAAAUAAUUUUAUUAUUGGUUUUAUUUAACUGUUGUUGGAGGUUGAUCCUAGCUUAUGAGUGAGUGAGGCUAAUGGAAUGUGAAGAGUGAUGAUAGUAUUAUUAUGUGUCUAUGGAAUUCGAUGCCGCGAUUCCCGUGUCCCGAGAGCACCUCCCUCCAGAUGAAAUGUGGCAAAUUAACUUGAGGUCAAGUGAAACAAUGGAAUCAGGACCUUAUCCUGAGCAUCCCGGAGAACCAGAUUGUUCAUACUACAUUAGGACUGGUCUUUGUAGAUUUGGAGCAACAUGUCGAUUUAAUCAUCCUCCUAACAGGAAGCUGUUACCUGAUAGUUUUUUCUUUGAAAACUAUCAGGCUAUUGCCGCUGCACGGAUGAAAGGUGAAUUCCCAGAAAGGAUAGGACAGCCAGAAUGCCAGUACUAUUUGAAGACAGGAACUUGCAAAUUUGGAGCCACAUGCAGGUUUCAUCAUCCUAGAGACAAGGCUGGGAUUGCUGGAAGAGUUGCCAUGAAUAUUUUAGGCUAUCCUCUCCGCCCAAAUGAGCCUGAAUGUGCUUAUUAUUUAAGAACUGGACAAUGUAAAUUUGGGAACACUUGCAAAUUUCACCAUCCUCAACCAAACAAUAUGGUGCUUUCCAUGAGAAGUUCUCCUGUUUAUCCUACUGUCCAUUCUCCAACUACACCAGGUCAGCAGUCAUACGCGACAGGAAUCACAAAUUGGUCUAGUUCAUCGUAUAUUCCUAGCCCACGUUGGCAAGGCCCUUCAAGUUAUGCACCUUUAAUUCUACCUCAGGGAAUGGUUUCAGUGCCUGGGUGGAGUGCAUACAGUGGUCAAAUGGGAUCAGACAGUCCUCAGCAAACAAUGGGAAAUGGCCAAAGCUAUGGAACUUCUCGGCAAAGUGAACCAGCAAAUUCAGGAUCCCAGGGGGCAUAUUCUCAAUUUCGUUCUGGCUCUGUUCCUGUAGGGUUCUAUGCGUUGCAGAGGGAGAACAUAUUUCCUGAGAGACCUGAUCAACCUGAAUGUCAAUUCUACAUGAAGACUGGAGAUUGCAAGUUUGGUGCAGUCUGUCGUUUCCAUCAUCCACGUGAAAGGAUGAUUCCUGCUCCUGACUGUGUUUUGAGUCCUAUAGGUCUUCCUUUACGUCCUGGAGAGCCCCUGUGUGUGUUCUAUUCACGUUACGGCAUAUGCAAAUUUGGUCCAAGUUGCAAGUUUGAUCACCCAAUGGGAGUCUUCACCUAUAACAUAUCUGCAUCACCUUCAGCUGAUGCCCCAGGACGGCGUAUGUUAGGUUCUUCAUCGGGAACUUCUGCAUUAAAUUUAUCAUCAGAAGGACUUGUUGAGUCAGGCUCAGCAAAUCCAAGGAGGCUUUCAUUAUCAGAAACUCGACAGAUUCCUUCUGGUGAUGAUAACAUUGAUGAAGAGGGAUAAUGAUGUCUCUUGGAAAUGGGUCAUUUGCUUUUUACAAAUUUUUUUCAGGGGAGAAAAAGGGUAAUCUGUAAAUUGAUUUUCCAAUUGCUGAAGAUGUACAGACUACAGAGUUCAUGUCAAGCUGAUUCUGUCAAACCUGCUAUUUAAUGCAGUUGACAGAUUCAGUUGUUCUGAAUUUCAUGCUGUCACAUUGUAUAAAUUUUACAAAUAUUUGUCACAUUUGGUGAAAACCCAAUGUGAACAUUUCUUCAGUCUAUCUAUUUAAUGUUUUCCCAAUAUGUAAAAAGUGUUUUUCUGAAAAUCUAUAAUGAUCAGUAUUUGGCUCU